AUGACGCUCGCAGUCAAGACUUGCUCGACGUGCGCCAAGGCCUGCUACCCCACCGAACGUAUCCGAGUGUCCGAUCUCUGGAUCCACAAACACUGCCUCAAGUGCUCCGAGUGCAGUACAACGUUAUCCUUAAAUUCAGUCUACGUCGCCCCCUCCCCCGCAUGCCCGACCAUCAAGCUACUCUACUGCGCCAAAGAUGUCCCCAAGGUCGUGCACACUAGCGUUGUCGACUCGGUCGCGCUCAAGACGGCCAUGCGGGCGCCGAACCCAACGACUGUGCCGGCGGGCGUGAUGGAUGGGAAGCAAGGGAAGGGGAAGGGCAAGACGAUCAGGUUCAAGGGCUUGACGCUGAGGAGCAAGAGUAUCGCGGCUGGUCUAGGUGCUCCCAGGCUGGACAUUCCAGGUCAGCUGAGGAGCAAGGUCACCGUCGGCCAAAUCGGGAAUGUCGGACUGGACUCGUGGGAUAUCGCACAUGCUCUGAAUGUUCAAACUCAAGUCUCCUCGCCUAUCCGCUCGCAUCCCGCCAUACACGCUCAACGGACCGGUUCAGCUGGCGCAUCAUGGCCCAUGCCCAGUCAGCCGCUCGAUCCACAGCUUACCGGCACGAGCCCGGACGAUAUCAUGAGUGCUGCAAAGGGAGAAGAGGGUAUCACGAUCGAGAAUGACCUAGUCAAAAACCUCAUCAAGGUCUUCCAGCUUGACUCACUCGACCAAGUCGAGAUCAACCCGGACACUAGCCCAGCUUGGUCCGACACCGUCUCGGGCAAUCUCAACGUAGAGAUCAUCGGCUCAGCACACGACUACGACUCCGCUACAUGGCAGGGGACCCUCAAGCCUACCAUCUCCCGCGCCACCGCUCAGUCUACGGUCCGUACUGUGCGAACACUCGGGUCGAAGAAGGGCACUCUCACUCUCGCUCGGAUGAAGGGGAAUCUCCGGCGGCCGGUCCUCAGCGAGCUGUUCAACGUCGAUCAGCCGGUCGAGAUUGACGGUCCGGCGGAGCUUGGCGUUCCGCAAAACACGCCAAUGAAGGCUAAGCGAGGGGAUGGGACGAUCGGAAAGGGGACACUGAAGGGCCAAGGAGCGGAUAUGGGCACGUUCAGAGCGGGAAAGCUGCUCGAAGCGUUACUCCCACUGGCGGCUCAUCUGGUCCCGCUGCCGUUCGGCGAUGACGAAGAUCUCGAGGAUGACGAGGUUAUGAACGAGCUGGAGCAGGCUCAGAAGCUGCUGGCGGAUGGUCUGGAGCAAGAGGGGCUGGAGCUGGUCAUGCUCUUUGAGGAAGAGCCCAUCCUGGCUUGCAAUGCCUAA